ACAGAUAACUACAUCAUUAGCGAUGGCCCGCUCUGCAUUGAUCCUGCCUGUGCUUGCACUAUUACUCAUCGAUGCCUGCUAUUCAGCCAGCAUCCCUCGUGGGUUCGACCCGCGGCAGUCAGAAGAGAUGGUGAUGGCUCCAAAGAAGAGGCCAUUCUGUAACGCUUUUACUGGGUGCGGUCGCAAAAGGUCCCAAGGCUCUCCUGGCAUGCCCGUUCAAGAACUGAUGAGACAACGACAGUUCAUCGACGACGAAACCCUUCCAAUAAUGGACUCCGAAAACGGAAUCGACGACCUCUCCCGUCAAAUCGUCUCUGAAGCCAAACUCUGGGAAGCCAUACAGGAGGCCAGCGCAGAAAUAGCCAGAAGGAAACAGAAGGAGUUUCAGUAAAGAAUAAAGGGCCGGUUACUGGAGAUCUUGGGGAAAUUUUACGCCAGAUUAUGAAAAUUACGAGUACACUAUAAGUAUUGAAUUUUAACUUUUUUUGUAGAUACGAGAAAAAGUUACCACAGUUUUUGAAUACAAUGAGGAGGCACACUGACUUUUUAUCCCGCCAGGCGGCGCCUGUGCAAGCGUCUAGGCAUGUCACUGUCAUUCAUAUGUGAUAGAGAGAAAAUAAUAUCUUCUUCUCGCUCUCGCGUAUGAAAUUCUUUAUCUGUGCAAUGGACUAAUACGGUGGCGCCAUCUGUCAUAAU